AUGUCCAGCUCCUACGAUCCCUCCGUAGACCGCGGCGCAUUACGCCGCAGAGCCGCAGAGAUAGGUAGAAGACGUUUGGGCACACAGCCCCUCUCACCAGACCUGGCAACGCGACGGACGGGCCUGAAACGGUCGGACGACCAAGCCGUCGCCGCGCGGCGGCGCCUCGCGCGCUGCUACGCGGCCCUGCAGGCAUCGCCGCGGCGACCAGACUGGGACGCACUGACACGCCUGGCCCGCGGGGCCGAGGCCGCCGCCGCCGCCGCGCGACCAAGCAUCGACGGCGAGUCGCCCGCGGCGCUGCGGCGCGAGGCACGUUUCGUCGCGGCGCACGUGGACCUCGCCGAGGCCCUGUACCGCUGCGACCUCGGCGCGACGGCCUCGGCGCUCGUCUCGGCGACGAAGGCUAGAGCCGCGCUCUGCGGCGAAGGCGCCGAAUCGCCCUCGCUCAAGGCCGCGCAGCAGUUCUGCUCGGCGGCCUACGCCGCGCACCUGUCCAAGAUCCCCAUUCUGUUCGACGUGGACUGCGCGGCGGCGGCGACGGCGUCGGGCUCGGCGGACGGCGCCGCGCCCGCGCUCGCGUCGACGCUCGGUCGGCUCGCGGCCGCCACCAAGGUCUCCCCGGUGGAGGCCGACGACAAAUCGCGACCGCUCGUCGCGCGGCCGCCGGCGUCGCCGCGCGCCGUCGAGCGCGUCGCCUCGGACUUCGUGGCCUGGCUCGACUCGCGGUCCGAGCGCGGCGGCGUCCUCGUCGUGCUGCUGGACGGAGGGCCGCCGGCGCUGCUCUACGCGCGGGCGUCGGCAGCGCUCCGCAAGAGCGCGGCCGCUCCCAGGAGGCGGCCGGACGCCUUCGAGGAGACCGCGCCGCCGAAUUCCGGGGGCUGGUCGCUCGACGCCGUGCACGCGCGAUUUGCGGCCCGCGCGGCGGCGGUCGCGGAGCGCUGCCGCGACGCGCCGUCGGACGCGGCGACGCGCUGGCGCUGCUCGCCGGGCGGCGCCGACGCCGACGAGACGACGUUCUUCGCCGCGCGGAGCUGCGCGGCCCUCGCCGUGGCCUGCUUCGUCGUCGACGUCGCAGAGCCGCAGCGCCGCCGCCGCCAGGCGUCGCGCGACGCCGCCUGCGGGAAGUUCGUCGUGGCAUUCGCCAGGCCGUUCCGCGACGCGACGGCCGGCGCCUUCGUGCCGCGCGCGCUCGCAUCGGUCGCGGCGGCGCCGGUCGAGAAGGCGGACGCCUCCGCCGCGGCGCGCGCGCCCGAGCGGCGGUGCUUCUGUUGGGGUUAA